CUCUCGCCUUUCACCCUCUUCUGAGUGGAGACACAGUCCGACAAACCUUUCACCAGACUCCAAACAACCACCACCUUCUCCUCCGUAUCACUACAAGAUGACCACCGCAGCUCAGCCCAUAUUCAGCAGUGGAGAGGACUGCAAGCCCUCCUGGCACGAUGCCAGCGCCGGCUACAAUGAGACAGAUACACACCUGGAGAUCAUGGGCAAACCCGUAAUGGAGCGCUGGGAGACCCCGUACAUGCACUCCCUGUCGACCGUUGCAUCCUCAAAAGGCGGUCGGGUUCUGGAGAUUGGUUUUGGCAUGGCCAUCGCUGCCACUAAGAUAGAGGCUUUUCCCAUCGAGGAGCACUGGAUCAUUGAGUGCAAUGACGGCGUCUUUGCCAGACUGGAGAACUGGGCCAAGUCUCAGCCACAUAAGGUCGUCCCCCUGAAGGGCCUUUGGGAGAACGUUGUUCCCACUCUGCCAGAUAACCACUUUGAUGGUAUCCUGUAUGACACUUACCCUCUGUCAGAGGAGACAUGGCACACUCACCAGUUUGACUUCAUUAAGGGUCACGCUCACAGGCUGCUGAAGUCCGGCGGCGUCCUCACCUACUGCAACCUGACCUCCUGGGGAGAGCUGCUCAAGACCAAAUACGACAACAUCAUCAAGAUGUUUGAGGAGACCCAGAUGCCUCAUCUAGUCCAAGCUGGCUUCAAGAAAGAGAAGAUUAGCACCACCACGAUGGACAUUGCACCGCCCGAAGAAUGCAAAUAUUAUUCGUUCAACAAGAUGAUCACUCCCACCAUCGUCAAGGAAUAAAGUCUGAAGAUGCUGCUGCAACUUUUUUUUUUUUUUGUACCAUAAUAUGCCUUCUCACCUGGCCGUUCUGACCUCCCGACUGUUUAUUCCACUGUCUGCCAUAUUUCAAUAAACACAAGUCCUUUCGA